AUGUGCCGUGAUCGUUCACUUGCCUUUGUCUUUCUCGCAAAAAGAGCGCUCCCUCCACCAACGCACAGCUUCCCAUACAAAACACAUGAUGCACAACCAAGUGGUUGGAAAAAUUUACACCCAACCAAAAACAACCACACCACUCACUGCAACCCAUCUCUCGGCUCACCACCCUACAAUUGCAACACAACGACCUCAGAAUGGUGUCCCCAUGUUGGACAUGGGAACCGCGACGCGUUUGUGGAACCGUCCGCAUUGCAAAAUGCAACCGUCACAACCCGCAUUCAACAGCUGAUUUUCGGGUCUGAUUGGAUCAGGAGUGGAAACAAAUGUUUUGCUCCGCCCUUCUGCGAGUUUAGCGAUUCGCAUGGCAACUGUUUGGUUUUGGUCAUCGGUCAGUUGCAUGUUGAAUUUUUGCUGGAGUACUUAAUGAUCCUAUUUGUAGCGCUUCAAGUUCCGAAAACUCUAACCAGGAAGUUAUUUGCAGUUUUCCAUGCUGCAGCGUUUAGCAUAUUAGUUCGUCUUGACUGGUCUGAGGUUGUUGUAGGCAUAUAA